AGGAACAGACGCGUAGCCGAUGCAUUGAAAAACACCACAAGAGCUAGAAACACAGUAGACAUGGAAACGGUUCUGAAAAUCAGCAAACUUUUUUCUGAGUUGAAACCUCAACUCUGUCAUUCAAAUGGCGUCACAUGUCCCCCAGGCCCUCCCGGUCUACCUGGACCAAAGGGAGACAAAGGAUCUCGGGGACGAAGAGGCCAGAAAGGACAAACAGGAAACAGAGGAGAUCAAGGCAUUGUGGGAUCGCCUGGAAUGAGCGGAAAGCAAGGCAUCAUGGGACCUGUAGGUCCGAAGGGUGAUGUUGGACUCAAGGGACAAAAAGGAGACAUGGGACCUGCAGGGAUGCCGGGAGCUAAAGGAGAACCUGGUGAAUCGAUUUCAGCUCCUGUUGUUACUGUGUUCCCUAAAACACUGACAGUUAACGAAGGUGGAUCAGCCUCGUUUCAGUGUUCAGUGAGUGGUAAUCCUAAACCUGCAAUCAAUUGGAGUAAACAGAACAGUCAGUCACAAAUAAGCCGAUCAAUGGCUUCAGAAGGAAAGUUGCUUCUUUCGAAUGUUCGAGGAAGUGAUGCGGGUACAUAUAACUGUUCAGCGGUCAACAUUUUAGGACAAGCGCAGGCACUGGUACAGCUGAUAGUAAAUGGUAAGACCUUUAUGAAAUAA